CGUCCUCGCACGCACGGACGCACUGCACCGACAGCGAUCCUCGUGCAAGCGACCUCCCCGGCACGGUGGAUGGGGAUGGGCGCCGCCGCCGCCGCGCUCCUGCCGCCGGCGGAGCAGUGGUUGACGCUGGAGGACCAGCGGUGCGGCGAAUGCCCGCUGCUCUCGUCGGCGUGGAGCCUGCCAGGGCCGCCAGAGGAGGGGGCUGGGAAUGCGAAGCAGGGGGUGCUCCGGCGCGCCGCGGCGCGGGCGUGGGGCGCCCUGGCCGCGGCGGCGGCGGAGGCGUCGGCUCUGGCGCGGGCCGACCCGCGGAAGCCCGUGUUCGCGGCAAAGGUCGCGCUGGCCAUCGCGCUCAUGUCACUGCUCGCCUUCGUCCGCGAGCCGCGCGACUUCGUCAGCCACUCCGUCUGGGCCCUCCUCACCGCAGUCGUCGUCUUCGAGUUCAGCAUUGGUGCAACACUUUGCAGAGGUUUCAAUAGGGGAUUAGGAACACUUACUGCAGGAGGGCUUGCUCUAGCAAUUGCUGAAUCGGCCAAAAACCUGGGGGAAAUGGAAGAAGUGAUUAUUGUUGUGAGCACCUUCACUGUUGGUUUUUGUACAACCUUGGCAAAGCAGCACCCAAAGAUGAAGCCUUAUGAAUAUGGAUUUCGUGUAUUCUUGCUAACAUUCGGUUAUGUCAUGGUCUCUGGAUACAGCACAGGAAAGUUCACUGAUACAGCUGUAAACAGAUUUGUAUUCAUUGCUCUUGGUGCUGGUGUCAGUCUGGCAAUCAAUAUAGGCAUUUGCCCAAUCUGGGCUGGAGAGGACUUGCACAAUUUGGUUGCAAAGAAUUUUGCUGGUGUUGCAAAUUCCUUGGAAGGCUGUGUUGAUGAAUAUCUGAAAUGCAUGGAAUAUGAAAGGAUUUCUUCAAGAAUACUUCUAUAUCAAGCUUCUGAUGAUCCUCUGUAUAGUGGGUACAGGGCAGCUAUUGAAGCAUCAGCACAAGAGCAAACCUUGCUAGAUGAUGCUAUAUGGGAACCACCCCACGGCCCUUACAAAACGAUGAGCUAUCCUUGGAAGAGUUUCACUAAAGUUGGUGGAGCACUGAGGCAUUGUUCCUUCGCAGCCAUGGCACUACAUGGUUGCAUUCUUUCAGAAAUUCAGGCACCGCCGGAAAGUAGAAAGGUCUUUAGUUCAGAAAUUCAUAAAGUGGGCAGAGAAUGUUCUAAAGUGUUGCGCGAGCUUGGGAACAACGUUAAGACAAUGACGAAGUUGAACUCUUCAGAUAUUCUAUUUGAAGUCCACUUGGCAGCUGAAGAGUUGCAAAAAAAGAUUGAUGAGAACUCAUAUCUUUUGGUGAAUACUGAAGCAUGGCACACUAACAAGCGAGCUGAUGGAAUGAGAGAUGCCAUGAAUGCCACCCUUGUUGCGGGAAGAGAAAAUAAGAAUGACGCGAUGGAACCUACCAUUGCUGAUCAAACUUUGGCGUACCACUAUAAGACCUUUGCUGCUAGUUCAUUCCGUAGCAGAUACGAUUCAUCGUCAACCAUAGACGGCUACAAGAAGCUACCACAUUGGCCUGCUCGAACAUCAUUCUAUCCAAACCUGCCACUCGAAGACACGGAGUCGAAAACAUAUCAAAGUGCAAGCGCCUUAUCCUUGGCCACAUUUGCGUCGCUUCUAAUCGAGUUUGUUGCCCGGCUACAGAAUGUUGUUUACGCAUUCGAAGAGCUGAGUGAUAAGGCCAAUUUCAAGGAGCUGGUGGAGGAGCCUGUUGCAGUUGGCAAGGGUGAUGGUGGGUUUGUUGCUACAAUGUGCAAACUUGUUGGACUCAGGAGCUGACAUUGACCAUGACCCUGCGAUGUUCCUACAUCUGGAAACCUUGUCGCUCACUUUUAUCAUCCAGUUCUGUUUAGUGUUUAGUUAUUGUGGACCACGAUAUGCAGUGAGACGAUUGCUGGUUGUACUGCUAAUCUUCGAUUCAUGUGUUUAAGCACCCUGUAAUUAAUUUGCGCAACAGGGAUGUUUCUUGCCAUACUUGAUGGAAAGGUUGAUGUGUUGUAGCAUGCUCA